CUUGUGUCGCUAGCAACGUGAACGCCUUCCGCUGAAAUAACCUAGGACCCGAUUAACUUCUAGUAGAUCAAAAGGAAACCUAUGGAUUUAAAACCAGAUAUGAAAUAUAUUUCUUCAUUGUAACUUUGAGCUUAGACAUUCUGAGAACAUUUUGUGUGUGAUUGUAAUUUUUUUUCCUUGUCAGUUUUUAGUUAGCCUUUUUCUACUUAUCUUUCGUAUUUUGGACGUAAAUGUGAGGAUAGACUUUACAGGACAAACUAUCCAAAUCAUCAGACAAGACGUUUUGGGAAACAAAAGUUUAAAGACUUCGUAACAGACAGUACAUGGAUGUAUUUUUAGUUUAGUACUUGAAAGUUUUACAGGCGGUUUAUAAUAUCGGGAAAGCUUUAUUGAAAGUUUAAACUAAACGCCGUUAUUUCUGAUCAUUUGUGUCCUACCAAAUGUUUCUGUUUAAUACACUUAGCUAACUGGCUGCUUGCCUUGUGUGUAAAUCUAAAUGCACACUUUAAAAUAAUAGUUGUAGAUGCAAUAGCCUAUUUAAAUUAAAUAAUAAAUGCGUUGAUUACAUUUUCAUCCAAAUUUCAAUAGUAUCGAAUUCGGAAAUACGUGAAGAAAAAGUUCCAAUUGAAGUAAUUGUAGUUUUUAAUCAACGAGAACAUGGAUAUGCGAUCCGAAAUCCCUACGGCCACCGCUGGAUCCCAAGUUCAUCCCGGAGCAGCUGCUGCCUCUAUCCCUGUCUCCAUGGCUAGCAGCCUGCUGCGGGGCCCCCCGCUACUGCUGCGGGCGACUGAGAAAUAUCCGCGCACUCCAAAGUGCGCCCGGUGCAGGAACCACGGCGUCGUGUCGGCAUUGAAGGGACACAAGCGUUACUGCCGCUGGAAGGACUGCAUGUGCGCCAAGUGCACACUGAUCGCCGAGAGGCAACGCGUGAUGGCCGCCCAAGUGGCGUUGCGCAGGCAGCAAGCUCAAGAAGAAAACGAAGCCCGCGAACUGCAGCUGCUUUACGGUACAGCGGAGGGGCUAGCGCUGGCCGCUGCCAACGGCAUCAUUCCACCUCGCCAGAACUAUGAAGUCUUUGCUUCUGUGAGCAACGAGACAAACUCUGAUGGAAAAUUUGAACUGUUUCCAAAAGCCCAAAUGCCAAGAUCUGUCACACCACAACAACAGACUCUUGGGAAGUCCGUGUCCACUGACAGUGAGUCUGUUCCCGGGAUUUCCUCCCCUGAAAUUAGACAUGGGUCUGGUUCUGAAAAUGGAGAUGGAGAGUCCUUCAUCAGCUCCCCUGUUUCCAAGGCCCUGAAAGAUGGAGAAGAGACCCCUGGUUCAGUCAGUCCGCUGGGCUCCGAUUCUGGGUCUGAAACUGAGAAAGAUGAGCAGGAGCCCUCGCCGUCCUCAGCCAGCGCCAGGCAAAUGAACGCCAUCGACAUUUUGACGAGGGUCUUCCCUAGUCACAAGCGGAGUGUCCUUGAAUUGGUUCUACAAGGCUGUGGAAAGGACGUGGUGCAAGCCAUAGAGCAAAUCCUCAACAACAGCGGACAGCCUAAGGUCCCCGAAGAGUCCUGGGCUGCUGAGCGGAUGCUGCAAAGUAUGCAACCGCCGUCAGCUUCGGCCCCCCGGCCCAUGUUACCCGGAGCCAUGACUCUAAGCAACAGAUCUGCGUUCUCCCCCCUGCAGCCGAACGCAGGGCACUUUGGCACAGAUCCCGGUGCCUACCCCUUAAGCACCCACCUGGGACUCAACCCCCUGAGGCUAGCUUACUCGGCCCACAGCAGAGGACUCGCCUUCAUGACUCCCUACUCCACUGCAGGUUUGAUGCCGACUCUCGGUUUCCGGCCUCCCAUGGACUACGCCUUUAGUGACUUGAUAAGGGACAGAUCGAUUUUGCACAAAGACCAGGGGUACGCCAACGGACUGUAUGGGCCUUUGGUGAACAAUACCCCCGAUAAGCAGUGAGUGACUCUUGGAAAGUCGUGCUUGUGACUUGGUGGGGGUACAGCUCAAUUAUGAGUGCAGAAGGACAUGAUGAGAUAUCCAUAGCCAAAAGUGUUCUGCUCUUAGUGGGGAAAUAGAAGAGGUGGUUGGAGACGUGUGAUCCUAAUGGCUCUGGCCUGUACAGACUUUUCUGUUAAAUACGUUAACCUGUCAUGUAGAGCCUAUUCCGAACGUCUGCCCAAAAUCUAUAUAAAAAGUGCCACAAAUUAAAAUUACUGCUUAUCCGUUAAUUACCAAACAAAGCCCAUAACACAAAGACCUCCUUAAUUAGCGUGACACUGCAAUGUUGGUAUGCUUGGAUUCUGCGUGGAGAUUUAGUUCAUAUUUUUGUCAGUAACUUGCAAUUAGUGCAUAGGUAAACUGUUUAAAUCAAUUGUGGUUUUUAUCAUUGUUUGGUUUGGUGCUAGAUUAAACCAAUCCUCACUAAACCAUAAAUGAUUACUGCUGAAGCCUCAUAAGCAACUGGGUGGGAUGAAGAUAUUUUGACAGAGAAAAAAGAAAGAAAUGAUAUCAUUAUCUGUCUUGUACAUUGUGGAUUGCAGUUUGGUUGUUUCUAUAUAAUAUCCCAUUUUACAGGGUCCACAUAAACUCAAAAGGUCACGCUAUAAUCAUUUAUUGAGAAUACAGUUCCAUUUUAUUAAUAUGUUCUUUUUUCACUCUUUGCCUGUCAUUUCUAUUAUGAAAGCUUUUGCAGCUAUAGUUACUAAUAUUGUCACCAAUGUGGGGCUUAAAUAAGUGUCAGUCCUUUAAAUGUACCCAUGUUUUUAAAAAGCACAUUCUAAGUUAUUGCUAUAAUGUGUUGCUAUUUUUCUUGUGUCAAUAACAUAACACACAGUUUAAACUAAUUCAUUUUAGGCAUUUUCUUUCUCGUGCCUCCUUGUAGUUCUUCUACAAAAUAUUGUAUAUUACAUUUCUAGAUGAUUAUAUUUGUAAAUGUACUUUACCCAACAUAAUCGGCAAAAAAUAGUUCUAUUCGAUGAAAUCGCCAU